AUGUUGUCAGUGAAAAUCUUAGUUCUUAAAACGGAAAAUUUUAUAUAUGAAUAGAAUUCUAGUGAAAACGUCAUUAUAUUCAAGAUAAAUAUUUAUAAAAUAUUCGAAUCAAUGUUAUUAUCGAAUCGAACAAGUACAAACAAUAAAUAAUUUGUGUGUGUGAAUAUUGUAAUUAACAAUUAUACGCAUUCCCUCCAAAGUAAAAAAGGGACUCAGUGUUGUUGGUUAAAAUACAGAACACAGAUGAAUUAGCAUGCCGUUAUUAAAACGUAAAGCGUUUGAAAAAGCAAAGGUUCCAGAAUAUCUACGUGACGAUGAAGAAGUUUUCCAUUGUGAAGUUACAAAUGAAAUAUUUCGAGAUUAUGAAGAAUUUUGCGAACGGAUGAUAUUAGUAAAUUCAAUGGUAUGGACAUGUUCUAUGACUGGUCGAAAUAAUCUUACUUAUGCCGAAGCAUUAGAAUCGGAAGAAAAUGCACGGAAAAGUUUACGUGAUUUUCCGCCCACUUUACGUGUACCACUCUUAUAUUUGGCAUCAAAAACACAUCGAGAUAAUUUCACUGAUAUGGCUGAAGAUGUUUGGAAAUUUGCUCGAGAUCGAUUUUUUGUCGGGGAAAUUGUUGAUGCGUUAUUAAGUGAUGGUGCUUGGCACGAAGGACAAAUUUUACAAGUUAUGGCACCUUCAGAUGAAGCUGUUGCUGAAUAUCAGAAAAAAGGGGUACCUUCAUUGGAUCCAUUCAUACCUCAAGCCGUUUUGUAUCGUUACGAAAUCGAACAAACUGCCGACGACAAUCAAAUAUUUAUCGUAGACGCUGCAAAUGUACGUCGUAAAAAAUCGAUCUACACACGAGAUAAAAGUAAAAUAUUCGUAAGACAAUUUACGGAGCCAUCUCGAAACGAUAAUAUAUGGCGUGUAAAGGAAGCUUUAUAUCAAAAAUAUCAUAUAAAUAAAGUAACAUUCGACCAAAUAUUUGAUGGUCCAUUACCAGAUUUUAGUAAUUCGAAAAAAUCGCGACCAAAAAAACAAGAAACAUUAACAAAAUUCUUUACAAAGGGUGGUUCUUCUAAUCAAAAAUCUGAUGGACAGAAUGCUAAUAACAAAACUUUAUUAGAGAAUAUGAAAAAACGACAACAGGAAAUGAAAGCCAAAGCUGCAGCCGAUAAAGCUCGAACACAAAUAGAAAAACAAAAUGCAAGAAAACGAAAACGUGAAGAAGAUUCUGAGAAAGCGGCAUUGAUGCGAGAAUGGAUUAAGCCUAGAGAUGAUUUGGAAUUAGAAGAUCAUAAGAUUUUACCAAUUCCAACACCGGUUGAAACUAAAAUAACGAGUACAUAUUUUGGAGAUGCUUUAAUGAUUCUUGAAUUUGUAAAUGUAUUUUCAAGUGUUUUAUCUACAAAAAAAUAUUUUGUAACAGGAUUAACGUUAAGUAUUCUGGAGAGAUGUCUUUUUACACGUGAAGUGAACGGUCCCUUAACAGAUCUCCUAAAAUUAUUAUUAAACGCUUUGUUCAACAUGCAAAACGACGAAGCAGCCGAAAUAAAAAAUGUGAAAAAUCCACAAAUUCAAGAAAACAUGCAAGAUGCAAAAGGUAGUGAGGUUACAGUUGCACAAGCUAUUCGACAAGCAACAUCUGCAGCACAUUGGUGUAAAUUACAUCAAGGUUUUAAUCUAUCACAGAUGCCACUUGAUGGUUUAACAAUUACAGAAGUUUUACGAUUACAUUUAUUAAGCUCCGGUUCAAAAAUGACUGAAUCAACUGCUCGAUGGCAAUUUCAACAACGUGGUGGAUACACUUCUGAAGAUGAUCCCGGUUUAUAUUUUCGUAUGGUUAAUCCUCAUAUUAUACACAAUUUAACGACUCAUCAUGUUUCAGAAUUAUCACUAGGUGAUAAAAUAAAAAUAUUAACAUGUUUAAUUGAUCAAAUCUCAACAUAUGCCGACGUUCGAGAUAUUAUUGAGGAACAACUCGAAAAAGCUAGACAGGCUAAAUUUAAUUUAAAAUUGUUACAACAAGCUGAGCGUAAACAUGAGAAUGAAGUGAAAUCGCAACGAUUUAAAAUAAAGCAAGAUUAUAGGAAACGUAAAAUCGAUACUCCGGAUCAAUCACAGCAAAUUGAUCGAGAAGAAGAAAUUGAAAUGGAAAAACUUGAUAAAGAUUUUCAACGAAAACAAGACGACUUUCAAAAACAAGCUAAAGAGUUAUCGGAAUCGUCGAAUAUUACGUUGUUGUAUACACCAUAUUUGGGAACAGAUCGAGCAUAUCGACGUUAUAUUUUUAGCCAAACAAUUGGUGCAUUAUUUGUGGAACACGACGAAGGAAAUCCAGGUUCAUGUAUGGACCGUGUUAUCAUUCCAAAUCCAAGUUUAAUUGAUGCCACACAAGAUGACACACUCAAAUAUAUCCGCGAAUUAUUUAGCGAAAAACCAACAGAUUCUACAUUUAUUUUUAGAAUUCCAAGUCCACGUAAAAGCGGGGCUUCAGAUAAACCAAGCGAGGAGACAAUCAAACUCAAAAAUUUACUUAUGUGUACCGGAAUAGCGUCAGAUUGUCCGGUCCAUUCAAAUAGUGUAGAUCGUGUAAAAUGGUCAUUUUUCCAUAAACCAGAAGAUCUCGAUGCCUUAACUCAAAGUUUAAAUAAGCGUGGUGUACGCGAAAGUGAAUUACGACUUACUUUGGAAGGAUGCAAAGAAUAUAUUAAAGAAAUAUGCGCUGAACGUUGUAAACCAGAAAAACUUGCUCCAAGUGCUUAUCAGAUUGAUGAGAAUCGGGUUCGUCGAGCAUGGCGAUCCAGAUAUGAUAAUGCUAAUCUGGGCUACGAUGAUACACACACUAUAUCCGAUAUUUUAGAGCUCACUUUACGUGAUUAUAUCCUGGAUUUGGAGCAACAGGUUUAUUCGGGUGGUUUAGGAACACUUCAAGUUAAAGAUCGUACAUUAUGGCGUAUGUGCUUAAAAGAUCGUAAUUACGAUGUUAAUCAUUUAAAAUUUAUUGCUUCUAAACCGAAUGGUGUGAAUACACUCAAAGUGAAAGUCGAAGAAGUGAAUGGGAAUGGUGAAAGUCGUGCAAGCACACCAGAAGUUGAAGAUGUUAUUUAUAUUCCAAAACUUGACAUAGACGAUGAUGAGAAGACAGCAAACCAAAAAGCGAUUACCGGAUUAGCUGUAGCCAUGGAAGCGUUAGCAUUCAGUAUCAAUGAAAAAUAUAUGAAUCGACCGUUAGGAGAAGCAAAUGAAUAUAAAAAAAAUAAACCGGAGACAAAACGAAAAGGACUUUGUAAUCGAUGGGCUGCCUCGUUAAUGUUAGCUACAAGUUUUCCACAAUUAUUAAUACAUUAUAGUACAUUAGAAUCGUGUGUCGCGUUAAAUAAGUCCGCGUUAAAUGCGUGUUGUGUUACGUGUCGAAAACGGACAAACGAUGAUCAAUUGUUAUUGUGUGAUGGCUGUAAUCGUGGACAACAUUUGUACUGUAUAGAACCCAAACUUACGAGUGUUCCAACUGGAGAUUGGUUCUGUGAUAGAUGUAAACCAGUUGAAACAACAAGAGUACGUAGAAGGUCUCGCAAACGAAAAAUAUUCUCGGAGGAGUCUGAUGAAGAUACCCCAUUAAAGGACCGACAAGAAAAUGGACACACAAAUGGAAACAAUGUUGAUGAAGAAAGUGAAAAUGAAGAAGAAAAUGGCACUUCAACAGAAGCCAAUGAAUCUAUGUUGGAAGUAUGUGAAGUUUGUAAAGAAGGAGGUCGUGUAAUUUGCUGUGAUUCAUGUUCAAUCAUGUACCAUCCAGAAUGUUUGGAUCCCCCCUUACGAAGGGUACCCCGUGGUACAUGGCAUUGUAGUGAUUGUAAACGGAAACAAGCGAGUGAUGGAGCGAAGAAAGUUCGUGCACAAAGAUUAGAAAAACGUAGUCGAGCUUUGGAAUGUGAACGUACAACUGAUUCCUCAGCAUCUGCUACAAGCAGUGAUGUGGAUGGAAACAACAUUGCGAGUGCGCGUCGUUCAUGUGCUCGACAAGCUCGAAAUAAAAUACAUGGUUUUGUUCGUACACUUAGACGGCCAUCACUUGAUUCCAAUAGUGAUUCAGAUGAAAAUCACAGCGAAGAAGAUUCAGAAAAUGAUAACGAAGAUGAAGACGACGACGAUAAUGGGUAUUCAUCAAAAGCUAAAAGACGAUCGCGACGUGCAAAUGAUCUAUCAGAUGAUCUACCAUUACAUAAUGCACCGUUACAAGAAUUAUUAUCGGAGAUAUUAAAACAUCCAGAUGCGUGGCCAUUCACACAACCAGUACAAAAACGUGAUGUACCUGACUAUUUUGAUGUGAUCACACAUCCAAUGGAUUUUGGUACCAUCAAAUAUAAAUUAAAUAUGGGCAAAUAUCAAUAUGAUGACGAAUUAAUGCAUGACGCAAUCUUGGUCUUUGAGAAUUGUAAUACUUAUAAUGAUUCUGAAGCUGAUGUUUACAAAUGCGGAGUAAAACUAUUAAAAUUCUUUAAACAAAAAGCACAAGAAUUAGGUUUACGUGUACCACAAAUAGAGAGUGGAAUGAUGGACGAUGCCGAGGAAAUUGAAGACGAAAAUAAUGAAGAACGACAAAUUGUUAAAACUAAAAUUCCACGAAAAAAAGCGCGUUUUUCGAAUUAAAUUUAAAUGAUACAUAACGGGUUAAAAAAAAACCAGUGAUUAAGUUUUACAAUUAAUUAUUAUUUAAACAAAAAAUAGAUUUUACUCUUCAGAUAAAAAAGUUUACCCAAUACCAGUGGACUCAAAUAAUUAAUAGUGACAUGAACGUUUUUGAAUUUCAAAGUCCUGCAUUAUCCAAUAAGAUUGUUCGAAAUGAUUUCUAUGAAAGAGUGUAAUGGUGUAAUGAUAUUGGUGUAGAGGAUCAGACGUAGAAUUUGACAGUCAGAACGACUAGAAAUUUGAGAAGUUGUUAUCAAAGUCUUGCUUAACAAGUUUUUCCUCUUGGUAAGAGAGAACGUUUUCGAGAGUUUAUUUUAGGAUGGCUGAGUUUCGGAUAUUACUUUCCUUAUUAAAAUUAGAAAGGGAUGAAAGUAAAACUUGCAACUGAGAGUGGUUGCGUUAAUUAACGAUGAAUUCGUGCUUAUAAAGCAAUCGAAUCUCUGCCCGGCGCGGUGUUAACAACGGUAAAACUGCCUGGUAAUUAUAAUUGAUAUAAUAAAAGUUCUUGGUAUAAAAUUUUCGUAGAAGAAAUAGUAUAUUACACAUCUAGGGAGCAAAAGUAAAGAAUGUCUCAAAUCUCGUGUUCACAAACAUGAGAUCUGAGACAUUCUUUACUUGCUCCUGUGGUAUGUAUACUAUUUUUCUCCCCGGUGAAGGCAGAAAGCGGCAACUUCGAUUUGCACACAGAGGGACAAAAGUUGAUACUUUCUACACGGAGGUGAGAAAAAAUUAUUAUGCACUACUAUAACCAUGCUCCCAAAUUUUCAGCCGUUCUGAAAUAACUAUCAAAUACCACGAAAAAAAAAGAUAAUGGAGGUUAAAUAAACACCGCCCCCCCCCUCCCUUAUAAAACAUACACUAUGACACUGAUAUUUUUUUUAAAUUUUCAUUAAUACCGGGUGUUGUUAACCUAUUAUACAGCUCCUUUAAUGUGAUAAUUUUCAAAAACAAGUAGAUACAAUUUUAUACACAUGCUUUAAGACACACCCUGUAUACGAUACGAUUUUUUUUUAAAUUGAUUUAACUAUCGAUGAAUGUAAAAUUUGUAUAGAAUCA